UUUCACAAUCGAUUCAUGAUACAUCUUUGUAUUGAUUCUUUUCAAAUUGGUCAGUCUUAAAUAAACAUAAGUGUUUUUCAAUGUAGAAAUAUCAAAAAUAAAUAUAAUUGACGUUGUUUGUGUAAUGAAUAUUAUCUAUAUACUAUUUAUAAUACCUCUUGUUUCACGCAUAUCAAUUGUAUACAUAAAUAUCAUAUUACUAAUAAAAACAGGAGUUUGAAAAUAAACAUUCUUAAUCCUGUUUUUCAUAUAUUGUAAUACCGAAAUUGUUCCGUAGUAAUUGUAUUACGAUUUAAUAUUCAACUAGACAUCCGAGCUAUCGCUUUAAGUUAGGUUAAGUUGAUCUGUAUAUUUAUAUAUAUAUUACAUAUAUACAUUCAAAUAAAUGUUAGGUUAUACGAAAUCAUCAUUACUUAAAUAUUGCAUUGUUAGCGAUGUUAGGCGAUACACCAGGAUUAAAUUAAUGUAAUAUUAUGUAAUUUACAACUCGUAAUGAGUUAUACAAAUAUUUUGUGUACUUUAAAAUGGAUGAUGCAGAAGUAAUAGAGCACUUCUUUGGUGUUUAUUUGCUGUAUUGUAAGAACCCAAAGUAUGUUGGAAAGACAUACAUAGGAUAUACAGUUAAUCCUCGACGUAGGCUUGUACAGCAUAAUGCUGGGAAUGAGUUUGGAGGAGCUCGUAAAACAAGUAAGAGGGGACCAUGGAACAUGGUGUUGAUCGUUCAUGGGUUUCCAAAUAAUACAUCUGCACUCAGGUUUGAAUGGGCAUGGCAGAAUCCUCAACGUAGUCGACGUCUGAAACAUGUACCUCGCAAGAAGCACAACCAGAAAGUGUUCUUAUAUCAUCUGUUGGUUUUAACAGAAAUGUUAAAAGUUGGCCCUUGGUGUCGUUUACCUUUAACAGUACGCUGGUUAGACUAUGAAUUUUAUGAAAAAUAUUCUAGUUAUGUCUCAGCUCCAAUGCAUAUGCCUAUAUGUUGUGGAAAAGUAACUUCUAAGAAGAUUAAGAAGAAACUUAAAGAAGCUUUAGUUAAUGAAAUAGAAACUCAAGGUAUAUCUCCCAUAUUUUGUUCUAUAUGUAGUUUAUUUUUAGAAGAAAAAGAAUUAGUUAGUUGUAUAAAACCUAAUUGUCCUUUGGUAGCUCAUUUAAUUUGCUUAGCACAUGUAUUUUGCAAAGAUGAUAUGAUUAUACCAGUUAGUGGUACUUGUCCUGCUUGUAAUACUGAUGUUCUAUGGGGAGAUUUAAUUAGGAAAAAAGUUGGCUGUUACAAAAAUCUUAAAGAAGUCUCCUCCAGUGAUGAUGGUGAGGACACAUAAAUGUAACGACGCCAAGAGCAUGAAUUUUGUCUAUUAAUUAUAUAAGAAUUAUUACGUAAAAUUUAUUAUUAAUGUUUUAUUAACGUAAUAAUAACACGUUGUGUAUAUUUAUCAGUCUUUAUUUGUAACUAAUCGACAGAUCAAAAUAUAUUUAUAUAUACAUAUAUGUAUACGUAUAUGUAUAUACAUGUAGACGUAACAUUAUCUGAUAGGGAGGGAUACAAGAAAAUUCCUCUGAUUCGUCGAUAUUUAAAUACGCCGCAAUUAAAUCGUAAGCUAAAAUCAAGGCCAGCUUGAUCGUUUUGUGCGAGCUUGUUGCGCCGAUACUUACAAUGUCGUUAAUCGUAGUUUCAGAUUUCAACGUAUGUAUCUCGCGCGCGUUAUGAUCGUAUCAGCAAGCGUCUAGGUAUCUAACUUGCUAAUUUUUCUCUUUUUAUAAUUCGCUGUUAUGUGCACCUAGAGUCUUCGUCAAACUCACUACGCGAGAUUACGGAACCCCGAAUGAGGAUAUUCCAAAUCGUCGCAACGCUGUUCCGUUCGUCUAUUGGAAAGUCAGAAUUGUACUUCCGUAUACUUGUACAUACAUACGAUCGCACUAUAGACCAAAUGUACAUUUAUAUCUGUUUAUCCGCGAGACCAACGCAAAUUCCUGUUGAUUUGCGAAGUUCGAGCAACAUCGACGUUCGAGGACUCAAAACGAGGGAAGAAACUGGAAGAUACGCAGGAAAUAGAAAGCGGAAAUUGAACAAAGGGACAAAAGGAGGAAAGAGAAGUCGAGGACACACAGCAUUUCUUUCAAAUUUUUAUGAAAAUUUCAAUAUGAAUUCUGCGUGGCGUGGAUCAGUAUUGAGUCUUGCUACGACAAACAAGGUAUACCGUGGUUUAGAUUACGAGUACUAGCGAUAAGAAUAGACUACUAUGUACAACUACGGUCACGUUACUACGUACAAACUAUUCAUGAUUCACGAUAAAUCCUUCGACGACCGAUUAAGCGUGAUUUGUAGGUGAAUAAAGCAAACGGGUGUUCUAUUAUCACAAUACAAAUUUAUUUUGCAUUAGAGUGCGCUUGAAACACCGCUUUAUUAUAUCGCGUGGCAAUAUAGAGUAGGAGGAGUUGGAAUAAGCAAGACUCAACGCUGACUGCGAAACUUAUCUGAUUUAUAAACUGUAACACGUCGAUUUUUAUGCAAUUUUGCACACAUAGAGCUUUGAAAAAUAUUAGACACGUAUUACUUCAUCGACUACAGCUGUUGCUCAUGUUUUACAAGAAAUGUUUAUAAAAAAACUGAUUAGCCAAUUAUAACUUGAUGAAAUUUCUGUUUGUUGAUCAUGUCCAUUAUAAAAUCAAACUGUCAGUUUCUGAAAAAUUUAAACAUUCAGUAGUUUCCAACUUUGAUCAUAAAUAUCAGCUUAAAAAGAAAUAGGUGUCUAAUAUUUUUCAGUGCGCGAUCUGUAAGCAAAGAAGUUGACGUUACAGUUGGAUUACUUUUGACAAAGAGGGAACCAAACAUGUCGAUCCUCUUAGCCUUCCAGUUAGCCCACUUUCUUGUACACGAUCGCGGCACACGAUCCUCUCGUCGACCACGUUGCUAACUCGCCAUUGUUGUUUCUGUUUAAUUCAUCUGUUGGCUGGCUUCGUGUGGUAGCACAACCCUUUUGGCAAGACCAGGCAGACUGUCGUAUUUUCCCGAGCUAUUGUCUUCGCCACGAUCUUGAGGCGAUUCCGGACUUAUCGAGUUCGGUGAUGUCAGGCAUUCGUGGAUAAAGCUACAAACCGUGUUAACAUAAACGUCACGGUAAGUAGCAUAGUGCUUCACGUGCGGCGAAUUCGUAAAUAGCACCAACUGCACUCGUACACCACGUUCUGCUCGUCUCCUGGCGAACUUCUCGAUGUCCUUGAAACACAGGCAUAGCCAUUAAAAAUUUCAGUAGUACAAAUAUCGUGAAAUAUAAGUAAGAGAAAUUAUACAGGGUGUCCCAAAAGU